AUGGCGCCCACCCUGGCCACUGCCCAUCGGCGCCGCUGGUGGAUGGCCUGCACGGCCGUGUUGGAAAACCUCCUCUUCUCGGCAGUCCUCCUGGGCUGGGGCUCGCUGCUCAUCAUGCUCAAGUCGGAGGGUUUUUACUCCUACCUGUGUACUGAGCCAGAGAAUGUCACCAGUGGCACAGUGUGGGGUACAACAGAGCCGGAGCACGAGGAGGUGAGCCAAAUGAAUGGCUGGCUCAGCUGCAAGGCCCAGGAUGAGAUGCUAAACUUGGCCUUCACCGUGGGCUCCUUCCUGCUCAGUGCCAUCACCCUGCCUCUGGGCAUCGUCAUGGACAAGUACGGCCCAAGGAAGCUCAGGCUGCUGGGCAGUGCCUGCUUUGCUGUCUCCUGCUUGCUGAUUGCAUAUGGAGCAAGUAACCCAAACUCCCUCUCUGUGCUCAUCUUCAUCGUCCUGGCUCUGAAUGGCUUUGGUGGGAUGUGCAUGACAUUCACCUCAUUAACACUGCCCAACAUGUUUGGUGACCUUCGGUCCACGUUUAUUGCCUUGAUGAUUGGAUCCUAUGCCUCCUCGGCAGUCACCUUCCCAGGAGUCAAGGUCAUCUACGACUUCGGUGCCUCCUUCAUCAUCAUCCUCGUGGUCUGGGCCGGCUGCUCCGGGCUGGUUUUCCUCAACUGCUUCUUUAACUGGCCCCUGGAGCCCUUCCCGGGCCCAGAGGACAUGGACUACACGGUGAAGAUCAAGUUCAGCUGGCUGGGCUUUGACCACAAGAUCACUGGGAAGCAGUUCUACAAGCAGGUGACCACGGUCGGGCGCCGCCUCAGCGUGGGCAGCUCCAUGCGGAGCGCCAAGGAGCAGGCGGCACUGCAGGAGGGCCACAAGCUGUGCCUGUCCACCGUCGACCUGGAGGUCAAGUGCCAGCCCGAUGCCUCAGCGGCCCCCUCGUUCAUGCAGAGCGUGUUCAGCCCCAUCCUGCUGCUCAGCCUGGUCACCAUGUGCGUCACUCAGCUGCGCCUCAUCUUCUACAUGGGCGCCAUGAACAACAUCCUCCAGUUCCUGGUCAGCGGCGACCAGGACGUAGUGAUGGCUACCGUGGGCCUCUACACCUCCAUCUUCGGCGUGCUCCAGCUGCUCUGCCUGCUCACGGCCCCGGUCAUUGGCUACAUCAUGGACUGGAGGCUGAAGGAGUGUGAAGAUGCCCCAGAGGAGCCCGAGGAGAAAGACGCCAACCAAGGUGAGAAGAAGAAGAAGCGGGACCGGCAGAUCCAGAAGGUCACCAAUGCCAUGCGGGCCUUCGCCUUCACAAACCUGCUGCUCGUGGGCUUUGGGGUGACUUGCCUCAUUCCCAACCUGCCUCUACAGAUCCUCUCCUUCAUCCUGCACACGAUUGUGCGAGGGUUCAUCCACUCUGCCGUCGGGGGCCUGUAUGCCGCUGUGUACCCCUCCACGCAGUUUGGCAGCCUCACGGGCCUGCAGUCCCUGGUCAGUGCACUCUUCGCUCUCCUGCAGCAGCCCCUGUUUCUGGCUAUGAUGGGUCCCCUCCAAGGAGACCCUCUGUGGGUGAAUGUGGGGCUGCUUGUCGUGAGCAUGCUGGGCUUCUGCCUUCCCCUCUACCUCAUCUGCUACCGGCGCCAGCUGGAGAGGCAGCUGCAGCAGAAGAGGGAGAACGACAAGCUUUUCCUCAAGCUCAACGGCUCGUCCAACCGGGAGGCUUUUGUGUAGUGCCCACCACCUCGGAACUGUGGCGUCCCGCCCUUGCUUCGGUGACUCAGCGGUGUCCUCCCCACCCCAGAGGACCUCCACGCACCCCUAGGAUCCUGUCCUUCACCAUAUUGGAGUCCUCGCUCCCUCCCAGGGCCCUGGUCCUGCCUCGGAGCUCUGCGGUGGAAGGAUGGGAGAGGGCCCGGUCAGGCGCUUCUCCUGCUGGAAGCAGAGGCGCUCUGGACUUCGCUCAGCCACCCUCGAGGGGCCCUGGAGCCUCGGGGCUCCGUGGUGCCUGCAGGAGCAGCCAGGAGGACCCCGGGCAGGCAGGCCCUCUCCCCCCAGUGUGUCGAGAUUCCGCCUCUUGCCAAAGCAGAGGAGUCUGCCGUCUACUGCCCACCACCUGCCCCUCGGCUGCAUGUCCACCAACCACGCCUGCCGAGGACAAAGGCUUGCACUGUCUGUACCCGCCUCGCCUGGCCCCUCACCUCCUCCCCCGGCCAGUCUGAGCUGCCUGAGGAAGGAAGGACCCGCUUCCUGUUGUUGGUGCUAACUCCUUUGUGAUUCCAGCCCCCUGUGGCCUGUCCGUGGCCUGUCCUCCUGUUCGAGGCCUGUGGAGAAGGCCCCCUGGCUUAAAGCCUGGGGAGGGGAUGGAGGGCUGGAUGGUCACAUGUGGCUCAGGAGCUGUGGUCAAGGCCGAGCAGCAGUCCCUUCCCUCCUCCCUGAGGGCCUGAGCCGGGGGCACGUUUCCACUGCCACCCUCUGUCCAGUCUGUGACCUGAAGGGAAUUAAAGGGGCACCACACACAAACACACGCGUGCGCGCACACACACGCACACACACAGUUGUUUUCGUGGGGGUGGAAGUGAAGAUGUGGCUGACAGACGUGGAGGUCCAGGCCUGGGUGGGAAGGUGGAUCUGUGAGAGACCUAGGGGGGUGUGUGCAUGUGGGUUGUGCGUACGUGUCCUGUGCAUGAGAGAUGUGUGUGGGAUGGUGGUGGGAUGUGGGUGCUGGGUGUCUGCCCUUAUCCUCCCAGAGCCACCCCCGAGCCAGCCAGGCCCACAGCAAGCCCAGCGCCCAGGAGCCAGCCCCGCUCAGGGUUGGGAGCUUGUCCCAGGCUGCAGGGCCACAGCGCCCCCUGCUGGCAGACUUUCCAAGGGCCCUGGAGCUGUUUAUGUGGGCGAGGCCCCCUUUCCUCUGCCAGGCGGGCCUGGCUUACCAACCCACCCACCUUGACUGCCCUCAGAAAUGUGUCCGAGGCUUCCUGGGAGCUCUGAGAGGGGUGGGUUGAUUUUUAGGUUACUUGUUUUGGUGGUUUUUUUUUUUUUUUUUUCCUUUUAAGUUUUAUCAGACUCCUUUUUAUAAAGCAAUAAAUCCAUUUUCCUCCUGGUAGGGGAUGCCCCUUCUAGCAUAUCAGUUAAUGACUACAUGUACCUGUUUUGAGCUUGAGAAGAAAAGGCAAGACAAGAUUUUCUGCCCCAGUCGUACCCAGCGGCUCACCAUCUCUCUGGGUGUGACUGCUGUCUCGAGAGGGGCAGUGGGCCAGGAAAAGACCUUCCUCCCCCACCCCACCCCCAAACAAAUGGGGCUUGUGCAGACACCUUACAAGUGUGGCCAUCCCCUCCUCUGCUGCUUAUCCCAGCCAGACAGGCUAAUCCUGACCCCCUUUCAUCCCUGCUCAGACUUCCUGUCACCAGUCAACCAUGCUGAGGGUUCCUCCUAAGUUCAGGACACAGGGUGACCCCAGGAGAGCCGCAGGCUCAAAGAGAGCAGAGGCAGGAUAUGGCGGAGGAACGGGUGGCAACAGGAAGGGGCAGGGGCAGGCCCAGGCCCGAGCCCCUUGAACACACCUAAUCUCCCUAGGCUUCACCCACUCAUAUUCAAAAGCAAAUAUUUGUUUUAAACAGGCAUUUUUAAAAAAAGAGAGAGCCUGAGAUCAACAUUUCCCAAAGCAUUUCUCAGAAUGCUAGUUCUGUGAGAUGUUAAGGUUAUUCCCUAUUUUUAAAACAGCGUUAUAGUCAGAUUCGGGAAAUGUUGAGAUAAGGUCAAGUGAGUUCGGCACUGGUGGGCUGUGUGCCUCUCCAGGGGGGUGUGGUGUGUGGCUAAGGAAUGGCUUUAACCAUCACAGCCGUCCUCCACAUGUGGCCCAAUGACCACGUGCAGCAGGAGCUCUUGGGGUGCUGGUUAAUAACGUAGCCUCUGGGCCUUGCCUCUGACUUAGAGGGAAACUGAAGUCUACACUUUGCUAAACCCCACCUGGUGGUUCUGGUGCGCCCCCCCCCAACAUUUGAGACCCACUGACAAAGGAGUGCAGUUUGGGGAAGCGCUGACUAGCAAGGGCCCUUCCACCCUUCCAGCUGGGAGAAUAUGUUGAGCUUGUACAGAUAUGGCCUGUGCUGUUCCCAGCAGUGCCCAGCCCAGCCAAAGUGGGAGCUGUGGCCUCUCUUUCCCACCCACCUGCAGGGUGUGUGCACUUUGGGGGAAGAAGCAGGCAUUAAGAAACCACAGUUCAGGGUGGGAGAUAGUCUAGAGCCAAUAGUGCGUGGGGAUUAGAGGCAUGAAAAUGGGAGCAGGAUACCAGAUGGGUUGGGUACCACAGGUGUCCCCCCACUCCCUUGCCUGUCAUUCUGCUCUGCUUGUACAGGGUUGAUGGAUUACAUAUUUUCCCAGUACCAUCACUGGAUCAUGCUAACAAGCCAGGAGUUCAUACUACCCUCCCUAAUUUACAGCUGGAAAAAUUGAGGCCCAGGGAGGUGGAGUAACUUGCUCAAGGUGAGAGCCAGGACUCAUAUAUGGUUCUUAAGUCAUUGGAGCAGCCAAGGCCCUCUAGAUCAGGACAUUCCGUUCAGAGCAGCAGCCCCAGGGGCCACCAGGCCUUGCGAUCAGGGCGAAACAGCCUGAGGAAGGGAAGCAAACACAGGCGAGGUGUCUGUUUCUUGGAGCCAAGAGCUUCCUUGGAGGGAGUGGGGUGAGCUCUACUUAGUAGAGUCAUCUUGGCCCUAGAGGCUGAUGGUAACUUGGGGGAGCAAGUCUCUGGUCGCCCCAACCCCUGAGAGGAGUGCCCUGGGGUGGGGAAGGGACCACAUGGCCUCGGCCCUCCAUCUUCCUCCUCAUUCUCCAGGCUUCUGGUGGGAAGGAGCAGGAAGUCGUGCCCAGCCCUGCGGGCUCAGAGUGAGGAGGGGGGCCAGGCCGGCCUCAGGAGUAUUGCCCCGAGCCCCACUCCUCUCUAGUCUCCCUGGACUUGAGUCCAGGUGUUCCUUUGUGGUUAGCUUCCUCCAAGCCCUCCUGGCCUCUGCCUGUGGCUCUCGCUACCUGGGCCUGUACUAGGGAAGGUUCCCACCCUCGUAAAGGCCAUAGAUGGGGCUGCAGGUUGUGAGUUCCUUUCUGUUUCUCUUUUUGUUCCUCUUGUACCCGGUGUCAGCCUGGUGAAAACUUCUCCUCAAGCCCUCCUUGUCCUGGCCCUGGGCAGUGCAGUGUGAGGAGGGCAUCCCGCUGCCCUGGGCCCCAAGCACACUGAAAAUGGGGAGCCAUCCAGUAUUGGGGGUACAUGUGCAGGACUGUCCCAGACAGCGGCACAAAAAGCCCAGUGGAGUUUUUGAUGCACUUGCACAUCAGCCUGCAUGAAUUUAAACAGAUACACACCACCGGGGGCAGGGGAGGCUGUGGACACCCUAUGGGAACUCUGAGAAGUCUUCUCAGCAGUCAGGCUUCCGGGGCUGUUUAAUACGGUGCAUUCGCGUGGGCUCUGGGGCAGUAAGGCGCCUUCUCUGUGGGGUUAGGAUUAGGAGCCCAGGACCCCCAAAGUGAGGGGAUGGGUUUUCCACAGGCUGCAGCGCUCCCCUGGGGUGGGGGUGGGGUCAGGGUGAGCAGGCGGGCUCUGGAAGCCUGUCCCACCCAGGGACUCAUGCCAAGCCCUGGGGUGACGACCUGGUGUCAGGAAGGAGGUGCAGCGUCCUCCACGUGGGUGGCCCGCCGCAGAGCAGACCUCUCCCGCCGCUGGCACACAACCACCGCCGGGGCCCUUGGUCUCUGCAGGCAGCAUGUCCAGCCCCGAAGUCAGUCUUUCUCAGCCUCCCAGGCAGAUCCAAGACCGAACCAGGGCCUCUGGCCGCUCCCAACCCCUCAACCCUUCCCAGAGUGAGACCAUCUCCCUGUGCUGAGGAGGCUGUGAGGGAAGGGCAGAGGUUAGAGGCCCCACCACACAUACUAUCUCGUGACCUGAAGCAAGUCCUGAGCCUCAGUUUCCUCAUCUGUAAAAUGGCAGUAAUACUCUCCCUGGGAGGCUGGGUGGACAUGGACGUCAAGCAGUUGCACGUUAUUGCACCUUGCACUUAAUCAGCACUUAACAAGCGAUAGCAUUAUUUUUAUGACCCUGGAGGAGUGCAGAGAGCACCGGGGAUGAGGACCACCCACACCCACCCUCCCCCGCCCGUAUAUCAUGACAGACUAGGCAGCUCUGACUGGGACAGCCUUGUGGCCAAGUAAAGGAAGUGAGGUCUGUUUCUGCUGACCCCUACCCCUCUCAGAACCCCCUCUCUAAGCAAAAGCCUUAAGCAGUUGUCCCCUUGUUCACUUUUACGUCUUGCACAUUUUGUUAAGAGACUUGGCCAAAGCUUCUCAAGCUAACCUCUAACUGGUGGAUAUUCGGGCACUCUUGACAGUUUUAUGUUGAGGUGGGUGACUCAGAGCACGGCUUGUAGGCAGUACCUCCAUGCCACCUCCUUGUGAAACUGCUUGGCCGUGCGUCUGUGUGUGUGCGUGUGUGCACACGUAUGUCGAAGUCGGAGGUGUAUUCCAGGCACGUCAGGCGUGAAUGUGUUUGGAGGAGUGUGUGGGAGCUUGUCUGUGUGCCUGUCUACCUGGACGAAGAGGGAGAGGGUCUCAUGUCGCUGAAUCCCUUUUGGUGGCUGGAAAGGCCUAGGCAGGCCCCGUCCAAGGACCCAGCCCAGGCUCUCAGAGUGGUGCCUGUAGGGUUAACAUGUUCCUGUGUCAACGAGGGUCAGUGCAGUGUCACUGACAGCUCAGGAGCUGACCCUGACUCUUCCUGGCCCUUUGCUGUUUCUAGCACCUGGCUUACUUCCUGGCACACAGUAAGCACUUAAUAAAUGUCUGCCGAAAAUGGCUAAGAACUGC